AUGAGACCUAUUCUGUUGUCAGGCCACGAAAGGGCCUUGACCCAAAUUAGAUAUAAUCCCGAUGGCGACCUACUAUUCUCCGUAUCAAAGGACCAGCAGAUCUGCGUGUGGUUUUCGCAUAAUGGCGAGCGGUUAGGUACAUAUAAGGGUCACCAGGGUGCUAUCUGGACCGUAGAUGUAGACCCAACAUCGACCUUCAUCGCAAGCGGUAGCGCCGACAACACCAUCCGCCUGUGGGAAAUUAAGACCGGCCGUUGCCUAAAGACUUGGGAAUUCCCCACUGCUGUCAAGCGCGUUGAGUUCAGCGAUGAUGGCCGCCAGCUGCUGGGUGUCACUGAGAAGCGCAUGGGUCAUCUCGGAACUAUUGUGGUUCUAGAUGUCGUGUUGGAAGUUGAUGCCGAGCAGAGCGACGAGCGCGUCUUGACCAUCGUGUGCGAUGAGAGCAAAGCUACCGUUGCCGGCUGGAGUUACCUGAACAAGUACAUCAUCGCAGGACAUGAGGAUGGUUCCGUAUCGCAGUACGACGCUAAGACUGGAGAGCUACUCGAUAAUGUCCCCAUCCACGAGCUCAAUAUGCAAGUAACAGACCUCCAAUGGUCGCCCGACCGCACCUACUUCAUCACAGCCUCCAAGGACAAGACCGCCCGACUGAUAGCCGCGCGCGACCUCGAACCCCUGAAGACCUACGUGACGGACACCCCCCUUAACAGCGCAUGCAUUACUCCGAAUAAGGACUACGUUAUCCUGGGUGGUGGGCAGGCCGCUAUGGACGUCACCACGACCGCAGCUCGCCAAGGAAAGUUCGAAGCGCGCUUCUACCACAAAGUUUUCGAGGAUGAGAUCGGUCGUGUAAGGGGCCAUUUCGGACCUUUGAACACCGUGGCAGCGGACCCCACAGGCAAGGGCUAUGCCAGCGGCGGAGAAGACGGUUAUGUGCGUAUCCACCACUUCGAUAAGGGAUACUUCGACUUCCGGUACGAGGUCGAGCGCGAGCGUGACAACAGGCUAUAA